GAAGUAGUCAGUUCAACAUUUGAAAUUCAAUAAGUCGUUUGGUCUUCAAUUGAAAUAUUAUUUAAUCAUUAAUAAAUGGACCAACUAAUGGACAUAUCACUAUACAUAAAAUCGAGGCCGAAUAUCGUGCUCUUGGGGGACGAUUUCGUUGGAAAAACUUCUCUGAUAUAUCGAUAUAUCAACGAAGAAACUUCUGGUAAAUGCGAAACAUUGAGAGGAGCGGAUCUAUUUACAAAGGAAUUGACUAUAAAUGACAUUUUGUUUUCCCUGAAGAUUUGGGAAUGGGGGCAUGAAGGACUUUUUGAUACGAGCACAUCAUCCUAUAGAAAAAUCAAUUGCUGCAUUUUUGUCUUUGAUGUUACAUAUCGGAAAUCAUUUGAAAGUCUUAAUUUUUGGCGGGAUAAAUUUUUUCUAAGAGCAGAAAAGAAUCCUAAUGAAUUCCCGGUUGCUCUUGUGGGCACUAAAAUUGACUUGGAAAAUGAAAGAGAAGUGUCAAAACAAGAGGCUGAAGAUUGGUGUAAAUCGUUCUCAAUUCCCUACUUUGAGUGCUCCGCGAAAGAUGACAUAAAUGUACAAGACGUGUUUGAAGCGAUGACAGCCAAACUUGCAAUGAAAUGUAUUCCAAAAGAAAUUAGGAUACGCAAUAAUAAAUAAUAAUAUUGAUUUUUUUAUUUGUUUGGUGUUCCAUGCAAUUCGAACUCGCCUUUUGCUCCAUAUUAUUAUUAUUAACCUCAAGAGCAAGCUAUGAUCGACCACCCUUGGAGUU